GACCCGCCCACAAUGGCACACAGACUGCGCUAAUCUCCAAAUCCCAAAAAGUUCACCGGUCUUAAGAACAGAGCGCAGUUUCUUUCAUUCUCCCUCAACCACUCACCACAAACCGAAACAACAAAGGCGCAGGAUAUCGACCUCUUUGCGACCGACAACUUCUCACUCCCAAACACACAUACAAGAUGGCACCAACACGACCCGUCGCAUCCAAGGCAUCUGGCCGAGGUGGCAAGAACGCAAAGAACCAAAAGGUUACCAAGAAGUACACCAUCAACUGCAGCCAACCCGUCAGCGACAAGAUCUUUGACCUCUCGGCUUUCGAAAAGUUCCUGCACGACCGCAUCAAGGUCGAGGGCCGUACCAGCAACCUCGGCGACAACGUCCAGAUCUCCCAGAUCGGCGAUGGCAAGAUCGAGGUCGUCACUCACAUUCCUUUCUCCGGUCGCUACCUGAAGUACUUGACCAAGAAGUUCCUCAAGAAGCAACAACUCCGUGAUUGGCUUCGUGUCGUGUCGACCAGCAACGGUGUCUACGAGUUGAGAUUCUUCAACGUCGUCAACGAGGAGGGUGACGAGGAUGAUGAAUAGACUACCAAAGUCACAAGACACAUCCAGGGCUACUAGCAUUCGGGGGUUCAAUCUCAUCACGACACAGCAUGGAUAGAAAAAGGGCAUCGGCAUGGCAUCAUUAACUUGAUUGGCGUGACAUUGCACUACUACCUUAUCUAGUCCAGACCAAAAAAUAAAGAAAAGGUUCAAUAACAUGAC